UUGGCCAAUGUUUUGCUACUAACUAACUUGGCGCGAUGGCGGGCGCUCUAAUCCAGUCGUGGGAUGAGAUCGAAGGAAAGGUGAAGAGCAAGGUGGGACAGCUAACGGGACUGCUCCAGCAUUUCACCGCUUCUUCCGAGUCGGAUUCCGAUAUUUACUACCAGAAUUUGGCGAGCCGGCAUGACACCGAGAUUGAGGAGAUUCUUCGCGAAACUGUGGGGCGACUCCAGCUCUUUAGAGAUGCAAUGCAGUAUAGCGUCGAGGGAGAUCACAUCAAAGCCGCGGCCGAGAAAAAUAAAAUGCAGGCUGUGCGACUCGAGGCCGAGAAUGAGCUCAAUGCUUAUAAGAAGACAUCUCAAGAGCGGCAAGAAGCAUUGGAGGCGACUCACAACCAAAAGAUGGAGCUUGUUGAGGGGAAUAUGGCUUUAAUGAGGGAGACGCUGGAUAAAGCGACUACUGAGCUCCAGACAACGCUAGAAACAAUCAGCCGUCUUUCGGAUGAGCUUGAAGAAGUAAAGCGUUUGCACGAAAAAGAGAUUGGAAAGGAACGGAUUGAAAGAAAGAGCGAGGCAGAGGCUCUUUUGCAAAAGCACGAGGCUGAACUUCGGGCCCGGAUUGAACGUCAAGAGGAAGAGCAAAUGAAGCAAGAGGCUUCACACGAAGACCUGAUGGAUCAACUUCGAGCUUAUUACAAAGACGAGAUCAGUCGGCUGAAGGUAGAGAACGAAGAGAAGGUGUCUACACUUCAACAAAACUAUGAUGCAUUGCAAUACGACUUGACUACCGAAAAACUAGCCAUUCAGAACAGGCUGACUGUCGUGUACAAGGAAAGGGAAGCUCUAGCAAAAGAGACGGCCAUGCUGAAAGGAAGCCUCAGAGAGGCCAAUUCCUUGAUUGAGAAUGCUCAUGCGGAGCAUCUACAGACGAGGUCUAGUUUGGAAGACGACAUCCAAGUCCUGAAGGAAGACAACAGGCAUUUGGUGCUACUCGUUUUGACUUCCUAAUUAUUUACAUUUACAAUUGCGUCAUGUUGAUCACUAUAUCAGGAGGAGCGAUUGAAAGGUGCCCUUGCAGAUAUGUACAAGUUGUCCGAGCAUGCAGAGUAAACUCCUGGCUCUC